AUAGACACGUGGUAUAGUAUAUUAAUGUGGCGUGUGCUUUCCAUAUAUCUCUUUUCAUAAAAGUAUAUACUAAAUAUUAUUUUGGUGAUUUUUAUCUGUAUUUUAUCAGAGCUGAGACCUUGGGUCAGACUGUUUAUAGUUUGAUGAUUCUUUCCUUCAAAAUUAUCAAGCUAUAUAUAUUUUUUUAAAAAGAUAUUGGAGCUUUGCAUCAUUUUACAACAUCUUUUGCUAGUUACAAGCUAUUUCUUUUACUGCUGUGGACCUUAUGUUACUUAUGUACAGUGUUCGAUAUCAUGUCACUUUCUACAGAAUUGAUAGAAAACUUAACAGCUCAAGUUUUAGAACUAGAAGCUCUCCAAGCAGUAUAUCCAAAAGAAUUAGUGAUAGCUGAUUAUGGUGUUUUGGCUGACAUUAAUAAUUACAUUGCUGGGAGCAAUGUAGAGAUACCACAAAAAUUGGAGUACUGUAUUGAAAUUUCUAUAUCCAAGGGUGCAUUUGAGCUACAGGUGACUUUGCCUGCUCACUACCCGAAUAUAUAUCCAGAAGUGUAUGUUAGGAGUUCCUUGUUAGACAGAACUCAACAGAUGAAUUUAAAUAAGUCAUUGUCAUUAUUUAUGAAUUCUCAAGAGAAAGGUGAACCUUGUAUAUAUGCUUUGAUAUCUUGGCUACAGGAUGACAUAGAUAAAUACUUGGAGCAAUCAGAAUUAAAUAAAAAAUCUAAGGGGAAGCUUAAGGAAACUGAAGAGUUAGACAAACAUGUUUUUGGACGAUAUUGGGUUUACAGUCAUCACAUAUAUAGUAAAUUUAAAAGAAGAGAUAUUGCGGAUCUUGCCAAAGAGAAUUCUCUAUCUGGUUUUACCUUAGCUGGUAAACCAGGAAUAAUUUGUGUUGAGGGUGCUCUAGAUGAUUGUGAGUACUGGUGGCAAAAGGUAAAAACUAUGAACUGGCACAAGAUAUUAAUAAAGUUAGUAGAAGAAGAAAAUUUAGACAACAGAAAUUUAGAUAGUUUAAGAAAGUUUUCAGGAUUUCAAGAAAUAUCAUUUGCAACGUCAGAAAAGCACAAUGACAUGGGACAGCUCUUAAAAUAUUUAACUGAGCAUGAUUCUCACCAUGCAUUUAAAGAAUUUUUUGGCGUUGAGGGGAAGUCUGCUCAAUUAUAACUAAUUAAUAUAUGUCUGUAUUUGUUAUACCUGUCCUGUCAGAUUAUAUGUAUAUUUUUAUAAGCAA